AUUAAGAGCAAACAGUCCCCACCACUGGCUAGUGGCGGUGGCUGGCCGCCCUGUGGCAGAAAUAGAGCAGAGAGGUGCUGCAAGGAAAAAAUUGAGGAGGAUUCUUGUGAUUCUAAGAACAUAGGAGAGAUAAUGGGCUACUGUCGCUUUCUCUCUCUUCUUCUCAUCUCAGCCCUUCUUUCCCUCUCCCUCUCUGAAGGUGUAACAGGACUUGGAAGAAGGAUUGGAAUUCUGAGGCCUGUUGAUAAAGGAGGGCAUUCCUUUGAGCCUGAGGAGGAAAGCUCGGGAAGGGAAAUGUUGGAGAUGGAGAAGGACUACAAGGAACCCGGAGCCAACACCAACCCAAGGAAUGGAGACCCCUUCAACCCCCCACUUCGGCCACCAAGGCCUUGAUGGCAUUCCUGUUUACAUUUAAAACUAAGAUAUGAAUCUGUGUCUAUAUAUAGCUAUGGAUAUUCUUCUCUUCCUGAAGAUGUAUCAAUCAAUGUCUAUCUUGUAAAAUAUGUGAGCUUGUUUGUGGAGGAAAGCUAAGGUUUUGUUUUUAGGAUCUUUGUCUAAGAACCGUUGAUGUAGUUCUCAGGCUGGAGAUAUGAAGAUGAAGAAAGCUUUACAAAUGGGAUUAUGAUGUUUUACUUUGGUGUGACUA